GAACCAUUCAAGAGAGUCCCGACGCUCGUCGCGUGGAAAACGGACAGCGUGGGAAUGUGCACCUAGUUUUUCUCCCACAGUUCGUUUGGCCGCUCUGGUUCAGGAUCCUCCACACACUAACAUACAUCUUCAUCGAGUUUCUGCGCCUGUCCGCAAAAUCAUGGCGCGCACAGCAGUUUGCUUCGCUUCCCUGCUUGCCGGCGGCGCGAUCGCCCAGCAGGACGGCACUUUUCUUCUGCAGUCCAGCCGCCUCCUCUGUGAGCGAAGGGAUGCUCGUGGUCGAUGGCGAGGAACACUUCAGCUUCGUGGAGGGCUCCUUUGGUCCUCUGCCGGAGAGCGCCCCCACGUGGUGCAAGAACGAGACCCAGCUGACCUGGGCGCAGAGGAAGGAGCGCAUGCAGCAGCACCAGACCCUCGAGUGGACCAAGAAGAUGGUGAAGCAGAUGCGCGAGCAGAACGAGACGGUCCCCGCGUGGAUGGACAAGAUGGUGACCGACGACGAGAACAGGGGCAAGACUAGGUGGGCGGUCCAGGAGUCGAGGCGUUUGAGAUCCGAGGGCAAGGAAGUUCCCAAGUGGAUGGACGAGCUCGUGCAGGAAGACGCCAAGUGGGCCAACCGCUGGGCAGCGUGCAAGGCCGCGGAGCUGAAGGAGGCGAAUCAGGAAGUGCCCCAAUGGAUGAUCGAGAACGGCAGGAAGGGCACGAUGGAAGCCGCAGCCGAGAGGGCGGCCGAGCUCCAGGAGGAGAUCGACGAGAUGGAGGAGGAGAAAGACAAGGAGGUGGCAGUUGUGGACGCUCAGGGCGACAUCCAGGCUGCCGAGCAGAGGAUGUUGGCCAAGAAGAGGGGCUUCGCCGCGAAGACCGUGAGCUCGCAGUUCCAUGUGCUCGAGGCAGCCUUGGAGGAGCUCGAGUCGGCCGAGGGUGAGAUGCGUAAUGACGGCAUGUCCCAGGCCUCAAGCCACAGGUUCAAGCAGGCCCUGCACAAGGCGAGGACCGCGUCCGAGAUGCUCAACAGGCUUUUGGAGCGGAAGGGGAGCAUGCUGAUGACCCAGAUGUCCGCGGCGCAAUGAGUGUGGCGAGACGGGCGGUGAUCUGCGGCUCGGGAGUUUUGCGCUGGAGAAGAGGUGGGAGAGAGAACGGGUGAGCAGGGGCCCUGCUGUGCAGCUGGAAAGUGCCCUCCUCCCCACGCAGCGGUGCCGCCCCGUGCAGUGACUCAUGCCCACAUCUCUGCCUCCGCCCCUGGCCUUCCCAUUCCCAUGAGAUCCGAUGCUGCGAAAC